GCAAUUUAAACUCCACAAUUUUCAGAAUUUAAUGAGGGAAGGAGUUGGUCAGGUCGCUGUAACUUUUAAGUGUCAGUCUCACUCACUCGCUCAACAUCUUUCCAAAUUUCAGAGCAAAAAAGUCUCUAAACCCAAAGCCCCCCUCUACUCAAUUGCCUUACUUCAAAAACCGAGCUUCUUCUCCUAAAAAAGCUUAAAAGUUAUCAAAAGAACCCCAAACGCUUUACUCAUCUCUCUCUUCUUCUUUCUUCAAAGCCAUGACUAAAGAUGAAGACUUUAAGCUCCUAAAGAUCCAGACGUUUUCCCUAAGAGUCAACAUCCAUUGCGAGGGUUGUAACCAAAAAGUCAAGAAACUUCUUCAGAGAAUUGAAGGAGUUUGUCACGUGAAGGUAGAAGCAGAACAUCAAAAGGUGACUAUUACCGGGUCAGUUGACUCGGCCACACUCAUCAACAAGCUCGUUAAAGCCGGCAAACACGCCGAGCUUUGGUCUCCUAACCCUAACCAAAACCAACCUCAAAAGGCCAAGACUAAUGACGUCACCAAGAACACCGCUCAAAAGGGUCAGAAGCAAGGCUUAGCCAAAGGUGGUAUUGAAGCUUUCAAGCCUAAGAAUAACCCUAAAGGGGGAGCCUUUGCCACGGAGGAAGAAGAAGACGGCGGCGAGGGAGAAGUCGGAGACGUCCAGCUUCCAAAACCGGCCAAUCAGCAGCAACAAACCGUCGUCAACUCCAAGAAAAACAAUGGAGGAGCUGCGAUGAACAAUGGAAACAACGGAGUCAACGCCGCAUCAAAAAAAGUCAACCAAAAGCAGAGCAACCAAAACCAGAACACUCAACAAGUAAUGGCGGCUAUGAGAAUGAGAACCGCAGGAAAAAUAAACCCUGGUGUUGAGAGCAAUGAGAUUGGAGCUCUCAUGGGUCUAGCUGGAUUCAACGGCACAACAAACGCCGUGACUCACCCCACAAAUGGGAUACAACAACAGCUUCAAGCUCCAGCGUUAAACAACAUGAACGGUGUCACUAGUCACAACCUAAACAAUGGUAACGGAGGCAUGAUGAUGAGCAUGAAUGGAUACAACAAUCAUCAUCCAAUGAACAUGCAGAGUAGGCAAAUGAUGCAUCAUCAUCCUCAGCCUCAGCAAAUGAUGUACCAAAGAUCAGCUUUCGUUCCAGCAUCAAGCAAUGGGUAUUACUACAAUUAUACCCCUAGUCCCUACAGUUAUUAUCCUUAUUACCCUUACCCAGCCGAGCAGCAGUCGCAGCAAAGUAUUCACCCAGCUCCAACAAACAUGUCUAGUGAUGAAGACACUAGCCAUAACAAUGGCUGCAACAUCAUGUGAAGUGUGGUUGCUUGAUGUGGAAGGUUCCUUUCUGCUUGUGGAAACUAAACUUUAAAAGGUUAAUUAAAAUCUUUUUCAUGUUAAUGUGUAAUGUGAUAUAUUAGUGUUUGGUUUUUGUUUUCUUCUUGUAGACUGGGUACUUUUUUUUGUGUGGCAUGGCAUGUAGCUGUUUUAAACUGACAUGAAGUUGUGUUGGUUGAUAUGUAAAUCCCAGAAUGUUAUUUUGAUGUUUCAUGUGA